UCCAUUUCCAUUUGUUUUGUUUAUGAACAAGGAUUCGCCGCAGCUGAGCCCGCCGCGGCGCCGCCCAAGCCCAAAGCCUAACACGGAAGUGACAGAAGUCAGAACAAACCACGCAGCCACCGACACGAUACACCACACAGCCUGCCAGGCCCACAAAGCCCCACCAAGAACCAGACAGCCCACAUACCACCAGGGUAGACCAUCAUGUUGGGGGAAAAGGCUUUGGAACUGAUCAAGGAAAUGGAACGGUCAAGGGAUGGGAAGUUGCCUGCUUACAAUGACAACUGUGUGCGGCUCGUCCUGGAAGAAAUGAAUGCACUUUUUCAGCAAAAUCAGGAUGACGUCAAUGCAACAGUAGCUGGAGAGGCACAGUAUUACCCAGGGAUACGUUUGCGUCAUGCGUCCCUAGAAAGGAACAAGAGAUGCUUGUUGGCAUACCUAUACAACAGACUGGAGAGGAUACGAAACUUAAGAUGGGACUUUGGAAACAUUUUACCACCUGAGAUGAGGGCAAAUCUCUGUGAUCCAGAGAUUGAGUGGUUUGGUCGUUACAGCAAAAACCUGGCCACUUAUUCGAGUUCACUAGGGGAUGGUAUUGGCCUUGACCUCACACAGGAUAUCAAACCACCAAAAAACAUUUAUGUCGAGGUGCGCUGCCUCAAAGACUAUGGGGAGUUUGAGGUGGAGGAAGGGGAUAUAGUGGUGCUGCAGAAAAACACCACGCACUACCUGCCCAUGAACACUUGUCAGCACCUCAUCCGUCUAGGUGUGCUACAGCAGGUGGACUGAUGAGUGUAUUGUAUUACCAAGAGGUGAAUGGAUUGUUAAGAAGUGACCUUAUAUCAUCUUUGUGGGAGCAAUUUUGGUACAAACUCUCCUAAUUUUCUUCAGUUGAUACUUGUAUUACUUAAAUAAAUGUGAUUUUUC